AAAAUUAUUACAUGUUUACUGUAAUAAAGCUAGGCCGAGAAUUGUCAAAAAAUAAUGAGUAAAAAUUAUAGUGAUGAUUUUACUGAUAUUUUACAAGAGUUGACACAAAUGGAAAUAGUAGAAUUGUGCAAACAAUAUCAGGUUUAUAAAGACGAACUGCCGUAUUUAUAUAGUUUUUUAAACAAGUGCAUAAAAUCAAAAACGCUUGGUUUAGAAAACUAUGUGAAAAUAUAUUCCCCAGGACAAUGUUGGCGAGAAGACGGAACAUUUGUUGCUUAUAUGCCAGACAAUGGUCAAGAUAUAGUCCUGCAUAGUUUUGACUCUACAGGCAAGAAUUUACUGCACGCAAUAAGAAACACCAAAAGGUUUAAAUUUCUCCAAGAUCCCGCUAGAGACUAUACAUGUUUUUUUGCUGUUCACGAACAAUUUUAUGGCCCAUUAUGUCACUAUUUAUUCGAUGUUUCUAAGCAUGAAUCGCCAAUUAAUGAAUUGGCCACUUUGUUUUGUUUAAGAAAGGAAAAAGUCGACACAUUACAGCCAAUAAUUCCUUCUGAUGUUUACGUAAGAAAGCUGCUGCCUGAAGAUAUCCAAGUAAUUGUAAAACAUUGGCCUUUCACAUAUCCGGCAGCAGAACUGAAAUUGAAAAGCUGGUUAGAACUGUCAACUGGAUAUGGAGUUUUUCUUCAAACAAGUAACCAGCUUGUGUCAUGGGUUACCUCAUCCUGUUUGGGCCAACUAAGUGCCCUCCAAACCUUAGAAGGCUUCAAAAGAAAAGGUUAUGCAGCUCUGGCAAUUGCUGCAAUGGCCAAAGAACUGGCACAGGAGGGAUUCGACUGCUGUGGUACAACCCAGCCAGGCAAUACUGCUGCUGAAAAGUUUUUUACAAAGUUAGGUUUUAGUAUACUAGGAAAAGCUGCAUAUAUCGCAAUCACAAAUAAAUACUAAUGUUCAGUCUUGGUUUUUUAUAGAUUAAUAUUACUUUUUGGGGUAUAUUGAAACUUUCUCGGUCUACUGAUUUUUUUAACGGAUAUUCUUUAAGAAAAUUAUUUGAUUGUAAAAAUCUUAAUUGUUCAUAAUAUAUAACUAAUAAACGCUCUAAUCGUAAAA